AAGAUAUCGACAAAAGAAAAGGAAGCAUUAUAAAAUGCAGAAACGAAGGGGUCGGAGUUUCUCUUUGGGUGGUGAAAGAUGAUUGAAUUUGGCUGUUGACUCCUUUUCUCAAAAUGGAAUCAAUGGUGGAUCCUUUCUUACUCGAGGCUCUCCAGAACCCACGUCAUCGUCUCACCAUUUUGAGGAUGGAACUUGAUAUUCAGAGGUUUCUACAGAACCCUGAUCAACAGCAAUUUGAAUUCCAACAUUUUCCUACUUCGUACCUUAGGCUUGCAGCUCACCGUGUUGCUCAACACUAUGGGUUGAUAACCAUGGUACAGGAUAAUGGCUUUGAUGGUCUGGUAAACAAAAUUCUGGUGAAGAAAAUAAUAGAAAGCAGAUAUCCUGCUGUGCGUUUAUGUGACAUACCUGCUAAACAGCUGGAAAAAGAUAAACCUGAGCAGGUUAAAAUUGUUAUCAGGCCUCGACCGGACAAAGGCUUUAUGAAUGAAUCUGAUGAAUUUGGAGUUAAAAGAAGUCCUAUGAGAAGUGUGGAGGAGAGGAAAGAAGAGUACGAUAGGGCACGGGCUCGCAUCUUCAGUGGCCCUACCAGUCCCAACUCAGACAAUAUAGUGUCUCAGGUUUUGACUGAUAGAAAACCCACAUGCCCAAGCAAUGAUGAGCAUGAAGGUUGCAGGAACUGUGCAAGUGAUCUGGAAAAAAGUAUUUUCUCCAAGGAUCGAGUUGCAAUUUUCAGAGAUCGGGAGAAGGAUCGCACAGACCCAGAUUAUGAUCGGAGUUAUGAAAGGUAUGUUAGGAGCCUUCCUACGAAUCAGAGUUUCAACCUGGCACCAAUGAAUAUGCAGAGGAUUCAACUUCCGUUUCUUCAGUAUGAUACUGGUUUUGCGCAGUUGGGUCAGAUGCAAAAUUUGCUUAGCUACCAGCAGCCUGGUGCAAGCCCUGUGGUGUGUGCUGUAGGGUCAAAUCAAAGAUUAAGAGAUCCUGCAGCUGUGCAAUGGCCAAGUGCUUCAAAGAUAUAUGCACAUUCAUAUGAGCAAUUUAGACAUGCUGUUUUCCAGCCGCCUUUCUGUCAGCAACCUCUGAGUUUUGAUUAUGCUCAGAAGCUCCGCUAGUUGGGAACGGUAUUACCUGCUAUACUUGGUUGUUACAAUUAUUCUUUCUUUCUACUCAUUUGUUACAAUUCGAGUUUAUAGUUUCUGCAUCUAUUGAUUUCUUAUGCUUAGCCUAUUGGUCGGUUUGGAGUUUGAUCGAGUACUAUUGACUAGUGAAACAGGAUCGUAACUAAUGGGUUAGCCUCUUAGCUCAUCAUCACUACCAAUUAAUCUAUGAACGAUUCGAUAUUUUAUUA